AUGGCAGAUGGAAAAAUAAAGAAAACAAUUGCAGAUUUCACAGCCAAGACAGACAAAUACUGCAAGCAAACAGAUGCUGUGCCAUACUUGGAAAAGAUGAACCAAGCUCACGGCAGGCCCCUGCCGAAAUCUGACAGUAUGAAUUGGAGAACAGUAAUUUAUGUUAUUGUAUUGGUGAGCCUUGCUGUAGUCAAAGCCCUGCCUAGAAGCUAUCGGGACAUAGAGGAAAAAACCAGCAUUGGCCGACGUUUUUCUCAGCUGCAGGAGAAUAAUUUUAAAGCCAUUGCCAUGAUCAUGUUUGCUCAGUAUGUGCAAGAAGGGACGUUUGACAAAGCGGUUAAAAUGGCUGAAGAUGUCACAGACCUCGCCAAAAGGUGUGCUGCCGCACCCAGAGCCAACCCCGACUGCGUGAAGCCUCUGGACAGGAUUUUCCUCGAUACGAUAUGCCAGGAGGAAAACCUGCCCAAGUUUACCGAUUGCUGUACUAAAAAUGAUCCUGAGAGAAACUACUGCUUCCUCUCCCUUAAAAAUUCAUCGAGAGGGAUCAUAUCUCCUUUUGAAAAGCCAAAUGCUGAAGCUGCCUGCAAAAAUCAUUCACAGCAGCAACUGCCAUUAACAGGAUAUUUCAUCUACGAGGUUUCCAGAAGGCAUCCUUUCCUCUAUGCCCCAACAAUCCUUUCUGUUGCUCUCCGGUACGAUGACAUGAUGAAGAAUUGCUGCGGAAGUGCUGAAGACCCCACUCACCACCUGGAGGAAUGCUUUCAGAGACAGGCACCGAAGGUGGUGAAGCCAAUAAAAGAAGAUGGCCUGAGGCAGGAACACACAUGUGGAAUCCUGAAGAAGUUUGGAGAAAGGACCUUAAAGGCUUUGAAACUUGCUCAGAUAAGCCAAAAAUUCCCCAAAGCUGAUUUUGCUACUGUUAACAAACUUGUGAUGGACAUUGCUAACAUGCACGAGGACUGCUGUCGUGGAGAUAUGCUGGACUGUAUGCACGAUAGGGAAGAGAUUCUACACUAUGUCUGCACCCACCAAGACAUCCUAUCAAGUAAAAUUAAGACGUGCUGUGAAAAGCCUCUGUUACAACGAAGCGAAUGCAUAGUUAACGCAGAAAAUGAUGACAGACCUGCUGGCUUGUCCCCUCACGUCAGGGAGUUUAUCGAAGACAAAGGAAUAUGCGAACGUUUUGCCCAAGAACAAGAUACCCACUUAGCCAGGUUUCUGUAUGAAUAUUCCAGGAGACACCCUGAAUUUUCUGCUCAGAUGCUUUUAAGAAUCGGUAAAGGAUACGAGGACCUGCUGAAAGAGUGCUGCAAAACUGGUGCUCCAGACGACUGCUGCAGCAGAGGGGAGGAAGAACUGAAGAAACAUAUAUAUGAAACCGAAACUGUCAUGAAGACGAGCUGUGACAUUUACAAGGAGAAAGGAGAUUACUACUUCCAAAACGAGUAUAUAAAAUUCACCAAGCAAAUGACCGCAAUCGGCGCCAAAUGCUGCCAGUUGAGCCAGGACAAGCUACUGCCUUGUGCCGAGGAAAACGUGAGUAUUUUGCUGGAUCUCGUGCUUGGAGAAAUAUGCAGAAGGCACCUGAGCGAUCCAAUAAACCCCGGAGUCUGCCACUGCUGCAGCAGCUCCUACGCCCUCAGGAGGCCGUGCAUGGGGAAACUAGAAAUGGAUGAGCACUACGUGCCCUUGGCACUGACUCCCGGGCUGUUCACUUUCCACGAAGACUUGUGUACCUCUGAAGAGGAAAAACUACAGCACAAGAAGCAGGAGUAAGACGUGCCUGGCUCGCUUGGCUUUUCCUGCAGGAUGCUCAUCAACCUCAUCAAGUACAAGCCCCAGAUCACACAGGAACAGCUGAGCUCCGUCACGGCCGCCUUCACCACCAUGAGGGAACAGUGCUGCAAAGAGGAAAACCGGGAGGCGUGUUUCCUGCAAGAGGUACCGUUUCUGUUUUCACCCACACCUUCGGAACCGAAACGCAAACACGGAGUACAGGCAAGAGUGUACGUUCUUCCACUGAGCAGCAAAAGCAACGCCUGGCUAACCAGAACUCCUGCCGCUGCGUUUGCAGGCACAAAGUGUUCUGCUAGCACGAGUAGAUCGGUGUACCAGCUGAAUGAUCGCUAG